CGGCACCUAUGCGACGCAGUGCUCUACUCGUACUGUCCGAAGCCUGGGCGGGAGUUCGUCUUCGACCCGCUGUCGAGAACUUGCAUACCGACCAUGAAGCACAGCGUAGAACUGUGCAACCAAAGCCCGAACAGGUUCAACGACAAAGCAGAGUGCAAUGCGGCCUGCGUGGAAACGGAGCGACCGUCCGACAAAUGCUUCGACAGGCCUGUCUUCGCAAAGUGUCAACGCCACGACCUGAAGUACAGCCCGUGGAUCUUCGACGGCUACGCCUGCCGGCCGUGGCACUUCCCAGCCGGCAAGUGUCCCUCCCCCAACGGCCACAUUUUCGCCAGCCAGAGCGAGUGCUCGGCGCGAUGCAUCAACGGCAGCCUUGACGCGGGUGCUUGUUUCACGCCCGGGGCGCAAGCCUGCCCAUUCAAGGAGUUCAGAUUUCCGUACUUCGCGGUCCCCACGGCCGCCGGGUCUCGGCGAUUGCGCUGCUCGCGGGCUUCGGCCUUUGUGCUUCGAAUGCAUCGCUGUCCGACCGGCACGAACCGGUUCAGCACGGCACAGUCCUGCAAAAUGGCUUGCUCCGGUGGCAGCGACGAUGACCAGCAGUGAAGAGUCGAAGUCCCACGCUGUGUGACUGCAGCCUCUGCGUUCGACCACGCAUUCGAUAUAGCAUGAAACGGCCAGCAGAGUGAUAGCGCGAAUAAUAAAUUACAGGCAUUAUACUUAGACGGAAUGGUGCCACGUGAAAUGUUUCUAGGAAUUUGUUGCUGUGCUAGUUACUGCUUCGUAAGUACCAAGAUUGGCAGAGAUAAUGAAAU